GACCAGGCCAACUCUGAGCCCAACAUUCCUUGAGGGCAAUUGAACUUCAUUCCAUUGAUUCAAUCAAAGGUUUUCUUUUGAUUGAAUACCCAGAUAUGAAAUGUAAUGAAUGGUAUGUUAAAGAGGACUACGCUGGAUCCACAAAGCUUUAAUCCUGGUUCAGCCAUUGGUUGGACUAUUCUGUGGCGGCAAAAGCUCUGUCUCUCCGUCGAACGAAAUGCUCAGGUACUUCCCGCGCAGGUCCUUCCAUGUGUCCCGAACCCUCAACUGGAAGCUCCGGGAUGAGUACAAGCUGACCCGGCCCGAAUUACAAGACCGGAUUUCCAAUCUCCUCGUCCUCCAACGGUAUGAUGCUCUUGACAAGCUGAAGCUGUCCUUUGAGUUCUCCGACCAACUCCUCAACACCAUCCUCCGAAAACUGAAGCUAAACCCGGUAGCCUGCUUAAGCUUUUUCAAAUUGGCUUCAAAGCAGCAAAAAUAUAGGCCCAACCUCAAGUCUUAUUGUAUAAUUGUUCAUAUAUUGUCCAGAGCUCGAAUGUACGAUCAAACCAGAGCGUACUUGAACGAAUUGGUCCGCCUCUGCAACAAUAAUUAUUCAGCCUCUGUGGUCUGGGAUGAGCUUGUUCGGGUUUAUAGGGAAUUUACGUUUUCACCCACUGUUUUCGAUAUGAUUCUCAAGGUGUUUGCUGAGAAGGGCAUGACCAAGUAUGCACUGCAUGUGUUUGACAAUAUGGGUAAGUGCGGUCGAUCUCCGAGUUUAAGGUCUUGUAAUUCUUUGUUGAGUAAUUUGGUCAGAAACGGCCAAAGUCACACUGCAUUGCUUGUUUAUGAGCAGAUAAUUAGGUUCGGGAUGGUUCCUGAUGUCUAUACCUGUUCAAUAAUGGUAACCGCGUAUUGUAAGGAGGGGAGGCUGAGUAGAGCGCUGGAAUUCGUCAAAGAAAUGGAAAGUUCGGGUUGUGAAUUAAAUGUAGUGACUUACAAUAGUUUGAUUGAUGGGUAUGUUAGUUUGGGAGAUGUUAAAGGCGCCCAAUUGGUGUUGGGGUUGAUGUCUGAAAGGGGAAUUAUGAGAAAUGUGGUGAGUUAUACACUAUUGAUUAAGGGUUACUGCAAGCAGUGUAAGAUGGAGGAAGCGGAGAAGGUGCUUCGGGGUAUGAAGGUGGAGGAGUCUGGGGUUGUGGAUGAGCGUGCUUAUGGUGUGUUGUUAGAUGGGUAUUGUAAAGCUUGCAGAAUGGAUGAUGCUAUUAGGAUUCAGGAUGAGAUGUUGAGCACAGGCUUAAACAUGAAUAUUUUCCUUUGCAACUCCUUGAUCAAUGGGCACUGUAAGGUUGGUCAAGUUCGUGAAGCGGAGGGAGUGUUGUUGCGGAUGAGAUAUUGGAACUUAAAGCCUGAUUCUUAUAGUUAUAAUACCCUGAUGGAUGGGUACUGUCGGAAAGGUCAGACAAGUGAGGCAUUGAAGCUUUUCCAUGAUAUGCUUCAGGAAGGAAUCAAUCACACUGUUGUAACUUACAAUACGCUUCUCAAGGGUUUAUGUCAAUCAGGUGCUUUUGAUGAUGCUUUGCAUCUUUGGCAUCUGAUGUUGAAAAGAGGGUUGGCUCCUAACGAGGUUAGCUAUUGUUCUAUGCUUGGUUGGUUUGUCAAGAAGGACGAUCUCGACAGGGCUAUAACUGUAUUUAAAGAAAUUUUAGCAAAAGGUUUUACCAAAAGCAGGGUUGCUUUCAAUACAAUGAUUAAUGGGUUAUGCAAGAUGGGUAAAUUGGUGGAAGCGGAGGAGAUUUUCGAUAAGAUGAAGGAGCUAGGAUGUUUGCCUGAUGAGAUGACUUAUAGAACCCUGAGUAAUGGGUAUUGUAAAGUUGGGAAUGUUGAAGAAGCUUUCAAAGUUAAAAGUUUGAUGGAAAGGCAAGCGAUAGGUCCUUCCAUUGAAAUGUACAAUUCUCUCAUCAAUGGUGCCUUUAUGUCCAGGAAAUUAAGUAAAGUGAUGGAUCUUCUUGCUGAGAUGCAGACAAGGGGACUAUCCCCUAAUAUUGUUACAUAUGGAUCCCUUAUAACUGGUUGGUGCAAUGAAGGGAUGCUGGGUAAAGCUUUUAGUUCAUAUUGUGAGAUGAUUGACAAAGGGUUUAUCACCAAUUUAAUUAUUUGCAGCAAAGUUGUCGGCACUCUGUAUAGGCUUGGCAGGAUUGAUGAAGCAAAUAUUCUAUUGAAGAAGCUAGUGGAUUUUGAUCUUUUUUCAGAUUGUCUAUCUUCUUCGAAGCUUUGCAAAGUUGGCAAUAGACAUCAAGAAAUUCAGAAAAUUUCAGAUUCUCUUGAUGAAAGUGCUAAAAGCUUCUCUCUGCCCAACCAUGUUGUAUACAAUAUUGCUAUCUUGGGACUCUGCAGAUCAGGGAAAGUUGCCGAUGCAAGGAAAUUUUUAUCGAAGUUGUUGAUUAGUGGCUUUUCUCCUGACAAUUUUACAUAUUGCACCCUAAUUCAUGCCACUGCUGCUGCUGGUAAUGUGAACGAGGCUUUCAACCUACGAGAUGAAAUGCUGAAAAGGGAUCUUGUUCCUAACAUUGCCACAUAUAAUGCUCUUAUAAAUGGCUUGUCCAAAUCAGGAAAUUUGGAUCGAGCACAGAGGCUUUUCCAUAAACUUUACCGAAAGGGGUUAGCUCCUAAUGCUGUUACCUAUAAUAUAUUGAUUGAUGGAUACUGCAGAAUUGGCAAUACUGUUGAAGCCUUUAAAUUUAAAGACAAGAUGGUUCAAGAAGGGAUUUCCCUCUCUAUUAUCACUUACUCUACAUUGAUCAAUGGUCUUUAUAAGCAAGGAAAUAUGGAAGAAUCUGUGAAGCUUUUGAGUCAAAUGAUCAAGGUGGGAGUGCAACAUGACCUUGUUAAUCACAUACUCCAGUUUGAUUCAAGACAUUAAAUGUGGGUUGAGGAAAGAUAUUUAAACUUAAAAAUUAGAUGCAUGUUAGGUGAUCCUCAUCUCUUGUUAUUUCUCAUCAAAGGAUGCGUUUGUUAGAGUCUUCAAAUAUUCAAGGACUUCCCUGGAACACAUCAGAUGUCUGAAGCUGUUAGUUGAUGCAUUCUCAGUGAACAAAUUUGUUGGGAGUGAAGGAAUGGCCUUUAUUUAGCCCAUGGCCUUGUCCUUUGUCAUUCAGUUUUGGAGUUCUGACCACCAGUAUGGUGCUACAAUCGAGUCUCUCAUUCCAAAUGGGUAUUUUGUUACUUAUGAUGACUGGGGGAAUAGAGAAGAGGCUGGAGAUAGGUUGUUCAGAUUUUCUGAAGUGCAAACAUCCUCACUUGAAGCUUCAAGUUUCUUCCCAUUGAAAGAAAAUAAGCAUCAUCUUGGUUGAAGACUUUUGCAAUUUGAAGUGGAAACUUCAAAAGUUUAGAAAAUGAAGUAUUUGAAAGUAAUAAUAGAUGCACUGACACAGAAAGGCCAAAACAUUUGUAGCUGGGUUCCACCAUUUCAAAUGCUGCAAACUUAGAGGGAAUGUUAGAUACCCAUGAAUGGAUGAGACUAGCAGCUGUGGGCAACUUUUGUUUUCGGGGUCCAAACCCGCUUUCGUGUAAGAAGAAAAAGACUCAGAAAAACCCAGAUCAUUCGGGACAAGUUUCAUGCAGGAAAGGAUGGAGAUGCUACUUUGAGGAGUCGUAAGAAGCGGAAUAGGUCACGGAAAGGCAAAAGGCUAAAAGUUUUGAAAUUUGGCCAAUUAAGGUUGAAUGAGCACGCUGUACUUCAGUCAUCAUUCUUGUCCAAUUUUAAUUGAAAUAGCCCAAUCAAAUCCCAGCGAAAUACUUACUAUAACACCUGCAGACAUCGUGAGCAACUCAGGCCAAUGCAACCACUGAAGAAUGCAGCCUCUAUGACAGAGGUGUAAGCAGGGCAAGCGAGUAACUGGUUGAUCAUCACGAUCAGAGUCAAUAAAAGUUCCCCAUAGAAAUAACACAUGACAACUUGUCUUCUCUUUCUCUAGCUUCCAAGCCUCACUGUCUCCAGACUAUGGACGUUUGCUUUGCUUCAUUAAUAGAGUUCAUAUAUAGGCCUACGAAGCCCAUUAAUUUAAUCUUAUUAAUGGUUACAUACUUUUAAAAUACAUUUAUUUACGAUUAGGGUUUAGUUGAAUUCUAACUAGGGUUUUUCUUACCAUUAUAGAAAUUAUGAUAUAAUUGGCUUGUUUAGGUUUAAACACUCACUGUGUACCUGAAAUAAACCCUUCUCUCAAAAUAAAGAAAGGGAGAGAUUUUUA